AUGGCCCAUCUGCUGAAUGUCCGAGAUGUCAUCGCCAAUUACAAAAAUAAGGAGCGUAUUUCUAUUGCAGUCAACAGACUAAACAUACGCGCGACGCGUGACAGAACCGGCCGUGAAACUCAUCGUGGCCUCGAGUACAUAUGGUAUUGGACUUGGGACAUUGUGAUUAACAGGAUCACCUGUCGCUACGUCUCACUUUCAAAGAUCCCACAGCCUCGUAUAAUGCGAAUUUUUGAGGUCCGAGACGAGGAGCACUCAAAAACACGUGUCCCGGACAUUGGCAUUGUACGCCAUCUGGACGAAGAAGUGAUAGAAGUCGGUGGCGAGGAAUUCUUCUUCCCUGCUAAGUCGAAGCUGGUGGCUAUUGGGGAGAUCAAGCCCGCACCCCGGGAUCCUUCGAUGAGGAUGGUCAAGUUUGCAAUCUCAGAAGCUACUACUGCGCUUAUGUUACAGGCAGGAAGCUUCUUCCUAGCAUUUCCACAGAGAAAAGCUAUCGUUGGUAUUUCCGUUGCUGGAGAUUAUUGGAGUUUUCGAACGUUGCUCAGGACUGACUUUGAAAAUGACGCCGACAUCGACGAUCCCGAUCCUGAUUAUCUGCCGAGUGACCUGCUAUCCUCGUUGUCCCCCGACCCGAUGGAUAUAUCCAACCAGUCAACCCCCGGUCCCUUGGAUAUUAUCGGCUCCGACGAGGAAUUUGAAUAUCCAAUUUAUCAAUUGCAAACUCCUGAGAGUGAUACUGCAAUCCACCGUUUAGUUGACGCGAUAAAGAGCUUGGAGAACUUGGAGGAUUCUGCGGAGUUCAGUAGAAGGCCUCUUUAG